AUGAGGAAGCGCACACUGCCUGGACCUGGCUUCGGAGCUCUGUGCAGGGAACUGUCGACCAGGGUGGGCCAGGGGCUGGUGAGUCCACAGUUACAGGGACGGGGUCCCCAGACCUGCUGUCCCCCCAGAUGCCACCACGCCCGCAGCGGCUGGGUCGGCCACGCUGUCUGCACAGCGAGCGUGGCGCGUGUCUCGGAAGGAGCCGGUUUUAUCCCUCGUGCUGUUCAUCCCCCUCGGGUGAUUAAGCAAUUAAAGAUCCUCACUGCACAGCCAGACCGCAGGUGGAAACACUCCUGUGUCCUCUGUGGAAAAUCAGAGCUGAGAAAGCGUAACUGGGCAUUAAAGGGGCAGGCGAGGUGCACCAGUCACUUCCUUCCUGCACCUUCUCCUGGGCCGUGCUCCUCGGGGCGGCAUCAUCUCGUCAUCGUCACAGCCCUGAGCUCCAUCCCGGGCAGGAGUCUGGCUCCAGUGACUUCACGCUCCCUGGAUCCUGCUCUUUAUGCCGCUGAAGGCCGAAAGGAGACCACGGCGGACGUUUUGACGCGGGAGGGCGCUGGGGUGGGAGCGGAGGAGGUGCGCCGGGACGCCGGCCGCACACGGGCCGUCUCAGGACGUCUCCCCGCAAAGCACUCGCUGACCGACCGCAAGGCCCAUGGUCCGCGGACGGGGAGACGCCUGCCAGGCGCCCGUGACGGGGCUGGGACCGGCAGACGCGUGAUUCAUGAACUAUUCUGUAAUUUUCUGCUGCGCUUUUGCGUCACGCGGGCAGCAAACGGGGACGUCCCGGCCACAGCCCCGCGCACACGACAGUUCUCUCCCCGUGCCUCGGCGGUCGGGGCCACUCGCUUUGCCCCGGAUUCGGCGAGGACCGCCAGUGCCCAGACUCACAGGGCAGAUCCUCAGGAAGCUCUGGUCGUCCUGGCUCGGAUGCGAUGCAGAGAAAAACGGGCGCAGCGGCUCCGCAGCCGGAACUUGAGUGAAUGUAACGAUAUGGGACCUCUCGCCAACGCGGUAGGAGGAAACGAUCCCGACAUUCAGGAAGACCCCCGCUCCGUGCAGCCGGGGGCUCACCCUGAGCGCGGCGCAGGAAGGCUCGCUGCAGGCGGAGAACACGGCUCCGUCUCUCAAACUCACGGCCGAGAAGCCGCGUCUCCAGUCGGCCGCGUCUCCUCUCGCCGGCGCGCAGACUCGCGGCAGACGCCCAGGUGCCCUCGGCCGCACCCCGCCUCCACCUCCGGGAGUGGCGUCGGAGGAGAACCGCGGGGAGCGCAGGGCGCUAGUGGUGCGGCUCAACCUCUGAGGUCUCGGCUCCUUCUGCUGCUUGUAAACCCGCAGCGGACAUGUCUCAGGUUCUCGGGAAUGAGGAGGUACUCAGUGGCCGGGUCAACGUCCAAGGGCGCGUCCACGGCGGGCAGAAAGGUCAGCAAGCGCGGACGCGGGACUCGACACUUCGUGCCCUCGGGGUGGGGGUGGGGUCACGUGGCUCACUCUGCUCACUUCCAUAACUCGGCACUUCUCACCCAAGCAGAGGGCUCCUGCUGA